ACAAAAAGUCACACAAUCCUCUAUAUGGCAAUAAGCUCUUGGCUGCCAACACAAUCACUACCCCUGUUACACAAAAUAAAUAUUUCCUUCAUUUCCGGCAGCACCUGAACACAACACGUCGACCUUUGCUCCUUGAAUGGAGACUGAUCACUUUUGGGGGCACAAGAUGGAAACAAGUCAACAGUCGUGGUUGACUCCAUAGUUAACACAUUACACUUGACUGUCACCACAGAGUGUGCCUGCCUGUGGAGAGGACGCGGUGCUGUCAGGGUGCUGAUGUGCCGCUGAGCAGCAGGCGUUACAAAACAAGUUGAGCCAGAAGUUGUCCGAGAGGCCGUGAACGCCGCCCCUCAGGUGUGUGCGCGCAGGUUGACUCCCAUUUCCACCUCCGCAGCGUAGAUUCACAGAUAAAACCUCUUUCAGCUUGACGACGGUCCCGCUCCGACGUUUUUACUGAGUUCCGGACUCCAUUCAACAACAAAAACAAGACUUACAUGAGGGGACUUUUACAGAGGAAUUAAAACCGGCCGGAGCUGAUCGAGGCAGGACUCAUGUUUUCAUGUUUCCCCAUGUAUCGGAUAUGGUUUCUGCUUCUCCUGGGAGGAGGAUUCGUGCUGCCAGGGGUCAGUGGAAUAACUAUCUACACUCCGGGUGAGGUGGAAGCAGUCAACGGGACAAAUGUGAGACUGAAGUGCACCUUCUCCUCCACUGACCCAGUGUCGCUCAAGACCGUCACGGUGUCCUGGAACUUUCGUCCUUUAAAUUCAGGAUCGGAGGAGUCGGUCUUUUACUACCAGGAGUUACCGUACCCUCCGGAGCAUGGCCGUUUUAAAGGCCGCGCGGUGUGGUCGGGAGAUAUUAUGAGAAAGGAUGUCUCCAUCACCCUGCAUGAGGUGCUCCCGACCUUUAAUGGCACCUACACCUGCCAGGUGCGCAACCUUCCAGAUGUGCACGGCAGCAGUGGAGAGAUCGUCCUCUCGGUCGUCAACAAAGCUUCCCUAUCUGAGAUCAGCCUCCUGGCGGCAGCAGUCGGAGGCGCCUGCGCCGUAAUCCUGGUCCUGCUCGGUAUCUUCGUGGCGGUGAGAUUCUACAGGAGGAAGCACAUGGCCAACGACACUGAGAUGAGCGUGCGGGAGCAAGAGUGGAAGGACCCGACCGUGUGUUCGCCUGAAGAGGCAGUUCAUCUGAAAAAGUUGAUGAGGAAGAAAGAAGCUGACAGUUCAGAUGAUGAAGAGUCUGAACCCAGCAGUGGAGAUGAUGAGGAAGAGGAAGGCCUUGAAGAGGAAGAUGAUGAUGAUGAUGAUGAUGAUGACUAUGCUGACGAUGAUGGUGGUGAUGAUGAUUAAAAGGACACACUAGAUUGAUUAGAAUUGUUUUUAAGGUUAUGACAUCCACCUUGUUACCCUUCAUUUACAUGAUUUGUUGUACCUUUUUAGAGUUCAGUGCACUACGAGUACUGAAUCACAUUAAAGGGGCAGUUCACAAAACACAUUUUUCCUCUUACCUGGAUGUAAGUUGCUUAGUUACAGAGGUAUUGGCUGUUGAUUCUGCCUGUUUGAUACCACUCAGCUUGUGCUGAUUAUCCGCAGACUCUGUUGUGAGCAGUUUUAUGCGAGAACUGCCCUCUUUCCGAAUCACUCUGCAGAAGGAAACCUGCACAGGGACGAGAGGCUCGGGAUGUAAACAUUAACGGCGUCUUCCAGGUUUUAAGUUAGCAGCCCUCGUUAGCCGGCCUCUAGUUCCAUUACAGACGCACCAAAAUAAUCUAGAUGGAUAAGCAGCACUACAGGGAAAGAGGAAAAUGAUGUGUUACUGAUUUUAAGGUGAACUUUUCCUUUAAUACAUAACAAUACAUGCUGAAAGAGAAUCGCAUCGACUCUGAGCCGAAUCUGAGUUAUUAUCUCUUUCAUUCAGUGUAGUCUACUUUCUGGUCAAAACCUGCUGCCUACAUUUCCCACAAUGCAACAUAGCAAACCAGUGUUCAGUCAGAGAUUUUGGUGUGUUAUGUGUGUAGUGGUUAAUUUAGCCUUUAGCUGCUUAGCCUCAGGCAGAGAUGGGGGAGUGGGCUACAGAUGCUUGGUGAGCUCACGUCUCUCUAACUCCACAGCUCCAGAUUGUCUUCGUUUUCAAACUAAGCUCCGACCAACGCUGACUCAAGUGACAUCACUCGGGGGCAAUCCAUCAGAAUACAACCAAAUACAGCGACGAUCUCCUUUAAUUUCUGUGUGUUUGAUGAAUGUGUGUGUGUGUGGUUUGUUUGUAUAUGACUGCUGUAACUUUUUACUUUUUUGUGCUAAUUUGACUGGAUUACUACAGGAAAUACUGCCCUAGAUCAAUAUUGUGAAAAGUAAUUAAUGUUCAUGGAAAGUAGGUUUUUAAAGAGAGGAGCCAGGCGCAUUUGGCUCAUUGUCCAGAGCACCAGUGCAGAUAGUGUUUGUCCAUUUGUGCUGUUGCCAGAUUUAAUAUUUCAGCCGUUUAAUUUUCUAAGAGCCUCAGUCGAGAGGGGAAGAGUCAUAAAAGUAAGAAACCACAUUUAACUGUGUCGUAAUGCGUCUUUUCGGGCGGGGGGUCAUGAAUGCUGCUGGAAAGAAAGCAGAAGAACCUUCAUUAAAUAUUUGUCCGCCGUGAAAUCUACAUAAUCAAACCAAGUGUUUACUACACUGGCAACAUUGCACAAAUGAUUUUUACGUUUUGAUUUUUGUAUAUAGUGUAAAAUACUCAGAACUUUUUUAAACUCCUGAAAUGUCAUCAUUCUUAACCUGAAUAAAGAAAUGUUUAUGAAAUUA